GUUGCGCGUCCGGGCCGUUCGCAACGCGCGAUCCUAGCCCAAACACCGCAGGCAGGAGACGGGUCGUCUGGCCGCAGCGUUUCGUUUGGCGGCCGGCUGUGAUGUCGGCGCUGGAGUGGUUCGCGCAUAAGUCUCUGGGCGGAGGUAUUUACUGGAUCCAAGAGCGCUUCUACGAGUCGGGCAAUCGGGCCAAUAUCUGGCUGGUGCGCGGCUCCCAGCGGGACGUGGUGAUCGACACGGGGCUGGGGCUGCGCAGCCUCCCCGAGUACCUUCACUUGGCUGGGCUUUUGGAUCCCGAUCCGGCUCAGGGCGACCAGGAGGGAGGCGGUCUCGUCGAAGCAGCGAAGGAACCCGCGAGCAGUGGGCGGCGGCGGCGGCCGUUGCUAGCCAUCGCCACCCAUGUGCACUUCGACCACUCGGGCGGACUGCACCAGUUCGAGGAGGUGGCCGUGCACAGCGCCGAGGCCGGAGCUCUGCGACGCGGCGAUAACUACGAGACCGUCACUUGGCUCUCGGACAGCGAGGUGGUGAGGCAGCCCAGCCCCGGCUGGAGGGCCAGGCAGUUUCGAGUGCGACCCGUCCAGCCGACGCACGUCUUGCAGGAGGGAGAUGUGAUCAGCCUUGGUGAUAGACAGCUCACUGUCAUGCACAUGCCUGGCCAUUCGAGAGGAAGCAUUUGUUUGCAUGACAGAGAACGGAAGAUUCUGUUCAGUGGGGAUGUUGUGUAUGAUGGCUCAAUGAUUGACUGGCUUCCCUACAGCCGGAUAAAUGACUACGUUACAACCUGCCAGCGAUUAAUAGACUUAGUCAAUAGGGGCCUUGUGGAGAAAGUCCUUCCAGGGCAUUUUAACACAUUUGGAUCUGAACGACUGUAUCGUUUAGCUUCCAAUUAUAUUUCAAAUGCUGGGGUUUGUCACAAGAUUUCUAUGUGUGCGAUGAGAUCGGUUGCAAGCCUAGCACUUCGUGCAACAAAUUCAAGAACAACUUCAUAGUCUUAACUUCAUAGCCAUGAAGAUGCUUAUUUUUAUCUAAUUUAUAUUUUAAAAAUACCAAUAUACAUACCAGUAGCUGUACCAAAGCUACUCAUCUUUUUUUUGUCUCUUUUCAAAGGCAAGUUUGCACAUAUGUUGAAUGCUAUUUGACAGAUGUUCUAAAUAAGUUAUUUUGUAUUUUGAACCAUUUUGAAACAUAUUGCUAAAAUAAAAAUUUUGCCCUUGUGUCAAACUUUCUAAUACAAGCCUUCAGUUAGGAGUUAUGUUGAAAACAUAUUUUAAAUGGCUGAAAUACAGAAGCAAGGGUUGUGAGAAGAAGGGGCUAUUAGAACAUUCCACUGUCAUGUUGAAUGCACUAAGUACCUAAGUAAUUUUUAUUGUAUGGGAUGAAUGUAAACUGAAGUUAAUACCAAAUGUUCAUAUCAAAUAUUGUUCUAUGUUAUUGUUGUUCUUGAAUUGUGUUGCAUUUAGGUAUUGGUUUUAAAACAAAUGAAAUGUCAUUUAAUAUUUUAAGUAUAUUGCUUGCUUUUCAAAUAUAACUAAUGCUGUAAGUGUGAGUGUAUAACCAUUUUAAGUAAAACAUGCACCUAUAAUCCAAGGUUCCUAAUUCCUGUAAUACCACAGUUGCAGAAACACUUCAGUAAGUGUGAGCUACUAAUUAAACAACAGUUGUAAACAAAAUAGCAUCUAAAACUAGCAAGUUGAUAUUGAGUGGUAGGUUGUAUCAGGUGCACAUUACAUGUGGAUCGGACUAAAUUUUCACACUUCAGUUAUUCUUCAUUUUUCUAUUUUCACUUUUCUUUCUUUCCACAAUUUGCAUUGUGCUUUUUUUCAACCAACCUAAUAAACAUUUCUGCCAGUUAUUAUUUUCUAGGAUAUUACUAGUCUCUUGUUUGGAUGCAGAGCUUGUAUCUUACAUCAGAAUUUGAUUUAUUGGAAUCUAGUAAGAAUUAUAUUAAAAAUGACUGUUUCUUGCAAGAACAGUAACUUAUUUGAGUAUUGUGUCCAUUACACUUUUUUUUCUUUUUGAAUUCUAUUGCACAAUAUCUCCCCAAGAUCAAAGCAGCACUUUGAUUCUUAAUACCACAGUGUUCAGCACUUGGUAUCCUAUGGAAGUACAGUUCUUAAAAUGUUAACAGUGCCUAUUUCCUGUUCUAAAAUACUGUAAAAUUUUGGCAAUUAACACUGCAAUUGCUUCCUAUACUAAGAAAAACAAUUAAUUCAAUACCUUUGAAAAUUAGGGAAAAGGUAUCUAGCAGUAUAAUCACAAAGAAAAUGCUGCUCGUAUGCUAUUGAAAACUGGCUAAUCUUCACUGAGGAGCCACACAAUUGUGACCCAAAGGUUAGGAGCAUGUUGCCAUAUUAUGUACUCAUAGUCAUUUUCUUUUUGACCAGAUUUCUUCUUCAAGUUGAAUACAGUUAAGCACAGUAUCAGCUGCAGUAUUAAGCACAAUCAUAAUUAAUCUGAUUCUUGCUUAAUCAAGAUUUUCAACUAUCUUGGAAUCCACGUGAGUUUAUAGUGCCUUGUUUAUUUUUGGUACAGAAUGAUUGAUUUUUUGGUCUGGACCAUUACAAACUGAUUUUGUUACAAAAUACUGCUGAGGCAUUAACAUGGAUAAAAGAAUUCUCUUUUUUGACUUUCUGUCCCUCUUUGCCCAUUGACAGUGUCUUGAAAGUUAUUUUACCAAAGUAUUGAUUUCUCACUAUAUUUCAGUGUAAGGAAUCCUUCAAUUGUCAGACAUAUGGUGAAGGACUGAUCUGAAACGUUUCUAUUUAGUAAAUUAGCAAGCAAACAACUACUUAUAAAACCUGCUGAUUUUU